AUGCGAACAAUUUUAACAGCUGGAGGUAAUAUCCUCCUGGCUUUGUCUGUUUUCUCACUUACAACAACCGCCGCAACCAAGUCUAUAACGGCAACGGGAACGAGUAUCUCUUUGCCAACUCUCAGUCCUGUCCAUUAUGCUCAGACGCCCAGACUGUCCAUCGAGUACUAUGAUUCUGCACCUAAAAACGCCACUGCUCCCGUCGCCAUACUUGUCCAUGGAUUUCCCUAUUCGAUAGAUACCUUCGUCGAUGUUGUUCCGAAACUCGAGAAUGAAGGCUAUCGUGUCAUUGUCCCUUCUCUUCGAGGAUUUGGCAAUACAACAUUCUUAUCAACGAGUACACCACGCAGCGCAGAGCAAGCUGCCUUGGGUAAAGACAUUAUCGACUUGAUGGAUGCUCUUAAAAUCGAAAAGGCUAUAUUUGCGGGCUAUGAUUGGGGAACAGUCGUUGUCAACGUUGCAGCGGCGCUCUGGCCAGACAGAUGCUCGGGAAUGGUCGCAGCAAACUCCUAUCUCAUUCAAAAUCGAGAGACAGCCUGGAAUGUUGCCGCGGCGAGCACGUACCCAGUCAAAUGGUACUACUAUGUGUUUCUAACACCCCCGGGGUACAGCUCACUGGCCAGUGAUACGAAAGGCUGGGCUGAAGUACUCUGGUCGAAAAAUAGCCCCAACUGGACCUAUACCGAAGAGCAAUUAGAGGCUGCAUCACUGGCCUUCCAUAAUCCAGAUUAUGUAGAUAUUGCAACUAACUUCUAUCGCAAUCGUCUACUUUAUGCCCCCGGAGAUCCUAGCUAUGCAGAGCUAGCGAAUGCGCUCGAUAAGCAGCCUCUUAUCACUGUACCGUCUGUCACACUCGAUCCGGAUCAAGCUGUCGUUUUUCCUGCUACGAAUGGCAGCACUACAGCGAAAUACUUCGCGGGGCCAAGGGUGCAUCACAUUGUGAAAGGCUGUGGCGAGAACAUACCACUGCAAAAGCCCGAGGUUUUUGCAAACGCAAUUCUGGAAGUGGCACAGCUUGGCAGUGCGCGUUCAUAA